AUGUCACGAGUACACCGGUAUUUGAAAGAUGAUGCAGAACAAUACUCCGAGAACAAUGACCCUGAGCCAUGCUCACCUGGAAGCGCAUUCUACCUGCCCCAGUCCCUGCCUUGCCCAUCCAGAACUUGCACCGUCACCAAAUCUACGAAUUGGCGUAGAUGCAGACCGGCCUUUCGCACACCUAGCCAGACAGAAAAGCUUGGUAAGACAGCACAGCCUGCUCGGAAAACGCAGCAGGAACCAGAGGAAAGACAUGUUCCUGAGAUUUCUGAUAUCCAGCACGUGCUAUCCGAUGUUAAUCUCGAAUUCUCGGAGCUCAAGCAACUAGCAAAAUCGCGCACGGCAACCCAAGCUCACUACACGGCGGCCUGGACCUAG